CGUGUUUGACCAUUCUGUCUCAAUAGAUCGGAGAUUCCAUCGCCAGCGUCUCCGUCUGUUUGCUCAACUUGAUUAUUUUAUUAAUAUUUAGGACUUGUCAUUUGAUAUGGACAAUCUCAAAACAGAGAACCACAACUUCUUCAAUCCUUUCCAAGAUAUGACUACUAUAACGAUAUGGGUGUGUUUUCUUUUCUUCUUAAAGCAUAGCUCAAUCUUUGUUAAUCUUCAGACAAAGAAGAUCUUCAGACAACAAUCGAUUCUCUCACGAAGGGAAGAAUCAUUACCAUGAGAGACUAUAACAUGAAUGACUUUGCUUAUGGUGCUCUUCACGAUGAUGAUGAUGAUGGUGUUCCAUCCUCUAAAGCAGCAACAAAUUCGAUACAGAAAGUUUCAAUGUUACCACUCGUUUUCCUUAUAUUCUACGAAGUCUCAGGUGGUCCUUUUGGUGCUGAAGGUAGUGUGAAUGCAGCAGGACCAUUGUUAGCUCUUUUGGGGUUUGUGAUCUUCCCUUUCGUUUGGUGUAUCCCUGAGGCACUAAUCACUGCAGAGAUGAGUACAAUGUUCCCAAUAAAUGGGGGUUUCGUGGUUUGGGUCUCCUCUGCUUUAGGACCCUUUUGGGGGUUUCAAGUAGGUUGGAUGAAAUGGCUUUGCGGUGUUAUCGAUAACGCUUUGUAUCCUGUUCUCUUCCUUGAUUAUUUGAAAUCCGCUAUCCCGGCUUUAGCUACUGGUUUGCCAAGAGUUGCAUCGAUCUUGAUCUUGACUCUAUUGCUUACUUACUUAAACUAUAGAGGACUAACCAUUGUUGGUUGGACUGCUGUGUUUAUGGGAGUUUUCUCUAUGCUUCCGUUUGCGGUAAUGAGUCUCGUUUCGAUUCCACAGCUCGAGCCUUCGAGAUGGCUUGUGAUGGAUUUAGGAAAUGUCAACUGGAACUUGUAUCUCAACACGCUUUUCUGGAAUCUAAACUAUUGGGAUUCGGUUAGUACACUAGCCGGUGAAGUGGCAAACCCGAAGCAAACACUUCCUAAGGCUUUGUCCUACGGUGUUAUCUUUGUCGCUCUUGCAAACUUCCUCCCUCUUUUGUCUGGAACCGGGGCUAUCCCGCUGAAUCGUGAGUUAUGGACGGAUGGUUAUUUAGCUGAAGUUGCUCUAGCUAUUGGUGGAGGAUGGUUGCGGUUGUGGGUUCAAGCGGCUGCCGCUACAUCAAACAUGGGAAUGUUUUUAGCCGAAAUGAGUAGUGAUUCGUUUCAGCUACUAGGAAUGGCUGAACUCGGUAUGCUUCCCGAGAUGUUUGCGAAAAGAUCUCGUUACGGGACACCUUUAUUAGGGAUUCUGUUUUCAGCUUCAGGUGUUUUACUCUUGUCUGGAUUAAGCUUUCAAGAGAUUGUAGCUGCAGAGAAUUUGCUUUACUGUGGUGGAAUGAUUUUGGAGUUGAUAGCAUUUGUUAGAAUGAGGAUAAAACAUCCGGCUGCAUUGAGACCCUAUAAGAUACCCGUUGGAACCGUUGGUUCGAUUUUGAUCUGUGUUCCUCCCAUUGUACUGAUCUGUUUCGUUGUUGUCCUAUCUACUCUGAAAGUGGCUUUAGUGAGCUUUGUGAUGGUAAUAUUUGGCUUCUUGAUGAAACCUUGUUUGAACCACAUUGAUCGAAAGAGAUGGGUCAAAUUCUCAGUCAGUUCUGAUUUGGCAGAGUUUCAGAAUGAGAAUUUGGAUUGUGAAGAGUCUUUGUUACGUUAGACUUAGGAUUAUUUGCAAAGGUAAACAAACUGUAUAUUUUUUCUGCUUGUUUUGUACUUUUUGUUCAAAUUCUUUGUUGUCUGUUUAAAGAUCAUAAGCACAAGAAGAUAUUUCUAAAAUCA